AUGUCUCGUUCGAACGAGGUCGCUCCAUGGGAGGCCAUACCCACACAGCCAAUGCCUCCGAAGGCCAUGGCCAUCUUUGGAACCGGUACACCUCCGAAUGCGCCAGCCCGCCCACAAUUCCAGCAAUCGCGAGCAAUGCAUGAUAUAGCGGCUUGGGACACCCCAAAUUCUAACGAUGACGAUAUAGCGCCUUGGGAACGAGAUCCUCAGGCGCAUAUCUCAGGCUCGCGGCCGCUGAAUUCAUCAUAUUUUCACGACUCCAGCGGUCGAGAUGGUCCGGGCUCGUCAAGGCGUCCGGAUACUGCGAGAACAAAUACCUCAGAUUCGCCAGAAUACGAUGGGGAUGCAAGACGGCCCUCUAUAGCUAGUGCCACAACUGUCAGCAGUACGGGUUCAAGGAGCAGCACCGCCAAUGGUCGAUUUCAUAAAAGCUUGAAGGGUUUCUUCGGCGAAGACCCUACAGAUUCUCGGAAGGGGUCAACGGCAGACCUGGCAGAGCAAAUGCCCGCCAGCUCAUCGGACAAGCCUUCGCAGCGGAGUGGUUCGGUCCAGACUCAGACGACCGUCGACGACAGACCCAAAACCCCUGCUCCUCCCCCUUCCAGCGAUGUUACCCCUUGGGCUUAUCAGAAUUUUGAAGAUGUCUCGAAUUUUGGUUCCGCACCGAUUCGGCAGGAGCAACAGCAACAGCAGCAGCUACAGCACGACUCUCUACACCCGAAUCCGCCACCGUCUACUCACCGGCGUGGUCUCCUUCACCGCCACACAAGAAGCAAGGAAGACCCACCGAAAGGCCAGCAAGUCCCUCCAUCAAUGCCCAAACGGCCUUCGACAAGUCGCGAAUCAUCGACGAGUAACCUAGCAUUCUACCGAAAUACACCACCAAACAGCACGCCCAUGAGCUCUUCUACAACGCUCGCUCGUACUGCAAGCCCUGCCCCUCAAUCGCGCAAGGAACCUCCAUCGCAAUCGGAAAAGAGAUCGAUAUUUUCGAAACUCACCAAAUCGCGUAAGGACAAGCAUUCGCCCCAGCCUGAACCAAUUAAGGCCAAUGUUGAGCUAGCACGGUCACCGGAAGAGCAGAAGAAGAGCAGAACACAGUCGACCAAAACCACCACCUCGGAUCUUUCAGAUAACAAAAGAGAUAGAGAGACGAGCGUUACAUCAGUGGACAGCGCAUCGACAAUCAAAGCCACCGACCCUUCUCCCAAGCUUGACCGGACGCAGACGGCUUCAUCGAAGACAAGUAGGUUCACUCGGCAUGGCAGGCAUCGUGGACCUAGCAUCCAGAGUGAUACCUCUGAAAAGGGCAAAGCAACAAGUCAACAAGCUCCAAUGCAAGCGGGCGUCUUCAGCCUUGACACAAACUUUGAUGACAUGUCGGACAUCAUCUCUCAGCCGGCGGCUCCCAAAACCCCUGGAGAGGCUGGAGUUUGGACGGGAAAAGCUUCUGCGACGCCAAUGUCGGAACUCUCUGCCCCGGCAUGGGAUGCCCCAGAUAGCUGGGCAGUUAAAGGGCAGGAAGACGAGGUCCUUGACAGCUUGCCGGAAGCCAAUGAGGACGGCCUGCCGGCCAUCCAGGAAGAGGAUGGCAUAUCCUACUUCAUGCGCGUCUUCAGAACGGAUGGCACAUUUGCGACUUUGUCCAUGUCGAUCAAUGCCACUGUGGCAGAGGUGCUUCAGUCUCUGGCCAAGAAAUCCGUUCUACAUGAUUCUAUUGAAAACUACCAACUCCUCAUGCGCAAACAUCAGCUGUCCAGACAACUGGGCUCAGGAGAACGUCCUGUGGCUAUGCAGAAGAAGCUCCUCUAUCUUGCAGGCUACACAGAAAGAGACAGAGUUGAAGAAGUCGGUAGAGAUGACAAUAGCUACCUCAUUCGUUUCACGUUCAGCCAUGAGAAACAGACGGGUUAUGGCAGCGGUCUUGACAAAGACCCGGCAUUCAACAAAAUGCAGAAAUUCAGCCAUGUGGAUCUCUCGGGGAAGUCGCUGGUGACAAUACCGAUUAUCCUUUAUACAAAGGCGUCCGAAAUCAUUUCCAUCAACCUCUCACGGAACCUUGCACUCAAAGUGCCAAAGGAUUUUAUUACAGCCUGCAUCAACCUUCGCGAGAUCAAAUUCACUGGCAACGAAGCGUGGCGACUACCACCCAGCUUGGCUUGGGCAAGCCGUCUUACUGUGCUUGACGUGUCAAACAAUCGGCUGGAACAAUUGGAACACGCGGAGCUACACAGGUUAAUGGCCCUUGUGAGUUUGAAACUGGCAAACAACAAAUUGUCGGAAUUGCCGCCCAAUUUCUCGUACUUCCGCCAGCUUCGCAGCCUCAAUCUUUCGUCCAACAACUUUACCACGUUUCCCGAGAACAUAUGCAGUUUGAAGUCCUUGGUGGACCUUGACAUAAGCUUCAACAAGCUCUCCUCGCUUCCGAAAAUCUCACAUUUGGUUACUCUCGAACGCCUCUGGGUCACGAAUAAUGAUCUGAAAGGCCCGUUCAACGAGACUUUCGCAAGUCUGAUCAAUCUGAAGGAGAUCGAUGCAAGAUUCAACGCAAUAACGAACAUUGACAAUGUAACAAGUCUUCCAAAUCUCGAACAGUUGCUCGUUGGUCACAACAACAUCACGACAUUUAAAGGCUCGUUUCCAAAGUUACGGGUCCUGGUCCUGGAUCACUGCCCGAUCACGUCUUUCGAGUUGGAUCAACCUGUGCCAACGCUUUCUAGCCUUAAUAUUGCUUCAGCGAAACUCGUCGAGUUCAAGGAAACGAUGUUUGAUCACAUGCCUAACCUGCAGAAGUUAAAUCUGGACAAAAAUCAUCUCUCGAACAUGUCAUCCCAGAUUGGGCGCCUGACCAAACUAGAGUUUCUGAGUAUGGCCAAAAAUCCAUUGAACAUAGUCCCUCCUUCCAUUGGAAAUCUCGCGGAGCUCAAAUUCCUGAAUCUCAGGGAGUGCAAUGUCAAGAGUCUUCCCCCCGAAAUCUGGUAUUGCAGGAAGCUGGAAACGCUGAAUCUUUCCUCAAAUGUCUUGGAGACUUUUCCUAAGCAGAACGCAGCUCCCCCUCCAAGUGAGCCCAAGGAUUACACACCAACGGCAACUCCAGGGCUGUCAACUUCUCCCAGCUUUGACGACCUUGGCAAGCUGGAAGACUUCCAAGCCCGCCGACCUAGCCAGGCGUCAUCAGGAAUGAUGAGCAUCGGUAGUUCUCCAGGUGCACGGAAGAAUUCUGUUGUUUCGCUGAGUGCUCAUCGAAAGCAAUCGGUGAUCUCGAGAACAAAUACAGAGUAUUCGAUGUCAACCGCUACUCGGAAGGAUUCCAACAUAUCACAAGCCCGGCUACACAACACAUUUGCAGGAUCCCUCCGGUAUCUCUACUUGGCUGACAAUCGGCUCGAAGACGACGUCUUCCGUGAGCUCGUUCUCUUGCCAGAGCUCCGCGUUCUCAAUCUCUCAUACAACGAACUGGACGACUUCCCUCAAGGGGUGUUGCGACGUUGGCCUCAACUGAAUGAGCUCUAUCUUUCUGGAAAUGAGCUAACAUCUCUGCCCUCCGAUGACCUCGAAGAGAGUAGUAAUCUGAGAAUAUUGCAUUUGAAUGCAAACCGUUUCCAAGUGCUUCCGGCCGAGCUCUGCAAUGUGCACAAAUUGUCCACCCUUGAUGUUGGGAGCAACUCAUUGAAGUACAACGUCUCCAACUGGCCAUAUGAUUGGAACUGGAACCGCAAUACAAAUCUCAAGUAUCUGAAUUUUUCUGCCAACAAGCGCCUGGAAAUCAAACCGGCUGCACACCAGAACCAGUCGCAUUUCCAUUCAAUGAGCCGCACUGACACUACAGACCUAACAAGCUUCAACACCCUCAAAUACCUCCGCGUGCUGGGUCUUAUGGAUGUGACACUAUUGACGAACACAAUUCCGGAUGACAACGAAGAUCGCCGUGUACGAACCUCAGCUUCUGUCGUUGGCGCGUUGAUGUACGGCAUGGCAGACACUUUGGGCAAGAACGAGCAUCUGUCGACCUUGGAUCUUCUGAAACCAAAUUUUCGAGGCCAAGAUAGUGAGAUACUGAUUGGCAUGUUCGAUGGCCAAACAAUGUCAAGCGGCGGAUCUAGGGUGGCAAAGUAUCUGCACGAGAACUUUUCGGCAGUCUUUUAUGAGGAGCUGAAGAAGGCCGAGACCAUGAAAGAUACUCCGAUAGACGCACUCCGACGGACCUUCCUAGCAAUCAACAAGGACAUGGCGAAUUUUGCGAGCAGCAAUUUCGACACGAAGGAGCACAGGUUGGCUAACGGCCACAGAGGUUCGACUGUUGCAAACAUCCUGGGCCCCGAUGAUUUGAGUUCCGGUGGCGUGGCGGCAGUCUUGUACAUCAGUGGGCAAGAUUUGCACGUUGCGAAUGUUGGUGAUAUUGAGGCUAUACUCAUUCAAUCCAACGGUCAACAUCGGCAAUUGACGAGAAAACACGACCCAGCAGAGCCCAAUGAACGGGAGCGGAUUAGGGAGGCAGGAGGGUAUGUCUCUAGGCAAGGCAGACUCAACGAUGUCCUCGAAGUGAGCCGAGCAUUUGGCUAUUACAGUCAUAUGCCGUCAGUCAUCGCUGCGCCCCACACGUUCAAAUGCCAGAUAACCGAGUCGGACGAGCUCAUCGUCGUGGCCACGAAAGAGUUUUGGGAUUAUGUGACGGUUGACGUUGCCGUCGAUGCUGCUCGAGCCGAAAAGAACGAUCUGAUGCUGGCGGCACAGAAGUUGAGAGAUCUCGCCAUGGCGUUUGGUGCGAGAGACAAGAUCAUGGUCAUGGUCCUCGGCAUUUCAGACCUCAGAAAGAGAGGCAACCAUCGUUUCCGGGGCACCAGUCUGUCCAUGGCGAAGGAGAUGGGACUUGAUGAGGGUGCCAUAUUCCCCAGUUCCCGGAAAGCUCGACGGAAAGGUGAAACGCUUGUGGGGGACUCUCGACUUGCCCGGCUCGAAGAGCCAGAGCCGCCUGUAGGUGAUGUCGCGAUAUGCUUCACUGACAUCAAGAAUUCGACAGCAUUGUGGGAAAUUCUCCCAGUCCCGAUGAGAUCGGCGAUCAUGAUGCACAACGAGCUCAUGCGGCGACAGCUUCGUAUCAUCGGUGGCUACGAAGUCAAGACCGAAGGCGAUGCAUUCAUGGUGUCUUUUCCAACUGUGACAUCGGCGUUACUUUGGUGUUUUAGCUGUCAAAGUCAUCUCCUGGAAUUGCCUUGGCCCCAAGAGAUUCUGGAGACGGUCCAUUGUCAGGAAAAGCUGGAUUCCGAACAGAAUACCAUCUACCGUGGGUUGUCAGUAAGAAUGGGUAUGCAUUGGGGGCGACCCGUGUGCGAGCAGGAUCCAAUUACCCGCCGAAUGGAUUACUUCGGGCCUAUGGUCAACAAAGCUGCCAGAGUGUCCGCCGUGGCCGACGGCGGCCAGAUUACCGUGAGCAGUGACUUCAUUGCCGAAGUACAAAGGACGCUGGAGAGCUACGCAGAUGACGACCGGCGGGAUUCUGUGGGCUCAGAGGAUACCGUUAAUGACGACCCAUUGUCAGUCCAGAUUCGUCGUGAGCUCCGUCAACUUAGUAGCCAAGGUUUCGAGGUCAAAGACCUUGGGGAGAAGAAGCUGAAGGGCCUCGAAAAUCCCGAGUACAUCUACCUGAUGUAUCCUCAUUCAUUGGCGAGCCGACUGGAAAUCCCACCUGGGGCCGAGCAGAAAGUCCAGCUUGGAGGCGAUGCUCCUGCUUCGGUUGACGAGAAAGGCCAACCAGGUACCCUCGGUAAAGACAGCCAACUGAAGGACUUGCAGCUGGAUGAGGUCUGGAAACUCUGGGAUAUUGCUCUGCGUCUGGAGAUGUUGUGCAGCUGUCUAGAGGUCCCCGAGCGAGCAGCCGGACUGCAUAAGCCUGAAUUGAGCCUGCUCACCAGAAUGAAAGAGCGUGGCGGUGUCCAAACAGAUGGCUUCAUGAUGAAUUUGCUGGAACACCAAGUGACACGUGUUGAGGCAUGUGCAACUACCCUGCAGCUUCGACACAUGUAUCAGCCUUUCCAGAAGGGAGUCAGCCUCUUUGAGCAGGCAAAGCCGAUCAGCGAGAUCCUACGCGAGAUAUCGACGAUUCUUGCCGAAGUUAAAGAAGAAAAGCGAAGUCAGAUCCACACUCCCGAUACUGGGGAGGAAACGGACUCAGAAUGA